CUCUGAGUCUCAUCCCGAGCACCGGAAGGUGCAGAGGCAGGGCUGCCGACAGGCCCGCCUCCUCUGCCCCUCUCUUGUGUUGCCACGAGGGCGCCUAUCCCUCUUUGGGCUCCACCCAUUAAAACGGUUUCUGGAUCUUCGGCUCUAGAUGCAAAGCUUUUCGGGGUUGGCUGGAAGCUACAGGCCAGCCUCCUGAUGCAGUCUGAAUCCAGCCGGUGUGAAGAGGAAACCCCUUCCCUCUUGUGGGGUUUGGAUCCUGUGUUUCUAGCCUUUGCAAAACUCUACAUCAGGGAUAUCCUGGACUUGAAGGAGUCCCGCCAGGUGCCAGGUGUAUUUUUUUACAAUGGGCAUCCAAUAAAACAGGUGGAUAUCUUGGGAACUGUCAUUGGAGUGAGAGAAAGAGAUGCUUUCUACAGUUAUGGAGUGGAUGAUAGCACUGGAGUUAUAAACUGCAUCUGCUGGAAGAAACUGAAUAAUACCAAAUCCUCAUCAGCUGCUGCAAGUGCAAGAGAGCUGAGCUUAACCUCACAGCUUAAGAAGCUGCAAGAAACCAUUGCACAGAGAACAAAGAUAGAAAUUGGCGACAUUAUCCGGAUCAGAGGUCACAUCCGCACAUACAGAGGAGAGCGAGAAAUUCAUGCCACUGCUUAUUAUAAAGUGGAUGAUCCAGUGUGCAACGUUCAAAUCGCAAGGAUGCUUGAGCUGCCCACCAUCUAUAGGAAAGUUUAUGACCAGCCUUUCCGCAGCCCAGCCCUAGAGGAAGAAGAGGCACUGAACAGCAAUCCAGGCACCCUGGACCUUGACAGUCUCACGUGUCUGCUGAGUGAAAAAGCCAAAGAAUUCCUUGUGGAGAACAGAGUGCAAACCUUUUACCAGCAGGAGUUGGAAACAGUGGAGUCCUUGCUGUCCCUUGCCAACCAGCCUGUGAUUCACAGUGCCUGCUUCGGGCAAGUGGAUUUUAAGAAUGACACCACUUCCAAGGCAAUUCAUAGUAUAUUUAGGAAUGCUAUAAAGCUGCUGCAGGAAAAAGGACUUGUUUUCCAGAAAGACGGUGGUUUUGAUAACCUAUUCUAUGUAACCAGAGAAUACAAAGAAUUGCACAGAAAGGUCCACCAGAUCAUUCAAGAAGACUGCCAGAAACCAAAUCACGUGGAGAAGGGCUGCCACUUCCUGCACAUCCUGGCCUGUGCUCGCCUGAGAGUCAGCCCAGGCCUGAGUGAAACUGUGCUGCGGCAGGUGCUGGAGCUCCUGGAGGACCAGAGUGACAUUGUCAGCACCACAGAGAACUACUACACAGCAUUCUGAGGAGAGGCUGGCAGAUAGCAUGGGUGGAGUGGGGGAGGAGGAGAAAGACAGGUGACCAUCACUCCCAGGCUCUGAUUUUAACAUCGUGCCAAGGUUAAUAGGCCUGGGGGCAAUUAUCUCAUAGAAAACUAGGAAAUAGGGUAAUCUGAAGAAUGAAAUUUGGCAUAAAUUCUAGAGGCUGCCUUCUACCUGCUGUACCCUGGGAUAAAAUGACUUAGCCACGACAUAUAAGAAAACCCUCCUCAUUGGCCUCCUGGCUGGACCAGGCAUCACUCACAGAGCAGAAGAGGAAGAAACUGUUGGUGGCUGACCUGGUCGGAGGUCGUGUCAUGGUAAAGGGGCAUCCCGUCGUAAAGGCCCUUGUACCACGGGAGCUGAAGAGCAUGCAGGUCACCAGUGCAGACACUUUUUAAAACUUCAGACUAUCAAUAGGUACUUUCUUGGUAUCUUUUGAUGGUUAAGAACCUGGUGUAGGGGACUAGUUCUCCCUGGAUGAGUGUUGCUGACUUACAGUUUCUGUGGGUCAAACACCAGCAAUGGGUCCAGAGUCUCGGGUUGAAUUCUGUUUACAGACCAACCCAUCAACGGAAAUAAACAGGAUCCAAGCCAUG